AUGCGACUAACUCUCGUCCUCCUAUUCGCAAUUUUUCAUCUAAAUACCGUACUCAGUCAAGCGAACGUUGUCUUUAACUUGUAUCAAAAUGAAAUGAAUUCAAACAUCUUACCAUCAUACAAAACUGCAGUUAAUAUUUUAUACGAUGGUGUCCUCAGAGAACUACUCUCCAUCGAUGCACAAGCCGUUGUCACCUACAAUCAACCCGAUAUUGCUCGUAUUGUUUCACGUCUAAUAUGUGCUGUAGAGCAUGUUCACCAACAAUUUCAACGAGCCGAUACAUUUAACGAUAAUGUACGGCAGCAAACUGAUCGUCUAUAUCAGACAAUGUUUGUUACGAUGAACAUACAACAGAAUGAAUUUGAUACACAACAACAGCAGUCACACGGUGCAGAUGAAGUGUUAGUAAAAUCAAAAAAAUUAACAGAUUUAAGUAGCCGUAUAGUUAUCGGUAGAUCCGAUCCAAAUUAUAUUCAGUUAGAAAUGGAUCUGAAAUCAUUAGAAUUGCAAUUAGAUAGUCAAAGAAAUGCAAUGGUGAACAAUGUGAAGGUUUUAGAGAAAUCGUUGGCAGCAUAUAAAGUUGAGGUAAAUACAACAGCAAGCAUUCGUCAGCAACUCAACUUAGCGGGUGUACAGUUCGGUUCAGUUCUAUCGAAAACAACAGCAUUGAAACGUGCCAUCGAUGAUGUACGAGACUUUACAACGUUAGAACAGCCAUUGAGAGAUCUGUAUCACGCCUUGGAAGAAAAUUCAAUUGCUAUAGCCUUUGAUAGUAGUCUAAAACCACCUGACAACAUAAAAGAGGAAUUAAAAAACUUAAAUCAGAUUCUGCCGUUAGUUCCCUUACAUACAGAUCCUAAUGCAUUACGAGUAUCAUUGCGCUGUCCUCUGCCACCUUAUCUAAUUGCAAUGUUAAACUCAAUUGGUCUGGCACAUUGGUUUGAUGUGCGACAAACAAUAGGGUGA